AUGACAGCAACAUCAGCACCAAAAGCCGCGCUUGGGGUUCUUCCGCGGUCAGACGGAUCUGCGAAAUACUCUCACGCCGGCUACACCCUGACGGCGUCGGUUAAUGGGCCGAUUGAAGCCCAACGGAGGGAUGAGCAUGCAUACGAGGCACACGUCGAAGUUAUCGUACGACCAGCGGCAGGGGUUGGAGGGACCCGGGAGCGACACCUUGAAUCACUUCUCCAGUCUUCACUCGCACAGCUCAUCCUCGUCAAGAACUUCCCCCGCUCCCUCAUUCAGGUUGUGCUACAGAUAGAAGACUCGCCAGAGAACGACUAUGUGAACACGAAACUUGUCCAGGCGAGCCUGAACUUUGCUAUUAUGCCGGCAUUGGUGCAAACGGCCAUCUUGGCGCUUCUCUCAGCCGGCGUGCCGAUGAGGGCCACAGCAACCGCCACUGCUGUUGCGGUUGUGCAUCAAGAUGGGGCCAAGAAGACGGUAGUGGAUCCUUCGCAGCGAGAGGUCGAAACGGCGAGCUCAGUCCACGUGUUGGCUUUCACGUCUCACAAUGGCCUGCUCCUGGCCGAGAGCGAGGGAGACUUCACAGUCGGGGAGUGGGACGAUGUUUACGAAACCGCCAAGGGAAUUUGCUGCCGCUCUACAUCGGUAAAGGAAGGGACGGCGAUGGUACUCGAUGACGAGGAACCCAGCGCCACGGACAUGCGGCAGUUUCUUCGGUCGACAAUGGAGUCGAAGGUUGCCGCGGAUCUUCAUUGGAAAUGA